GUGUAGGAGACAGCCGGCAAACUCAACUCUUUAAAACUAUCAGCCAGCAGCAACACGGCAACACUCGAUUACAAAAGUGUCAUCUGUUUGAUUCAGCAACCAAUCAAAUAUCUCUUGCAAUUCUCGGCCAAUCAGCGCCACCAUUGCAAUUGUAUGGAAUUAAUGUACAGUGACACACAGACACACACACAUUUAAAUACUUAAGCCUAUACAAUACAAAGUAAAAAGAAAAAAUUGCUGGGUGUUGGAUCGGUGGUGUAGAGUAAAGAAAAAAGAUACAAGAACAUACUGUCAAAUAAGAAAGACCAAGAGAGCCGAGGCAGAGGGAGAAGAAAGUGAAUUGUGGUACGAGGGCAGUGGUCGUCAGCUGCACAGUACAGUACGGAAAAUAAUAAUCAAGAUUACUGUAAGCGGUGACAAUUUCUUCUUCCGCUAGACAAAAACCUGCUAUCAGUUUUUAAUCUAAGAACAAUUGUGGAUACUGUCGUAUUGAAUAAAAAAGAGGAACUAAGAGCAGCUGAGGAAUUAGAUUAGAGAGCAAAACUCAAGUACUUUGCUACUCUGUGACGACAAGUUGAUGGAAUGACGCUGUUUCGCCUGUCGGUGUAAUAACUAGAAGGUGUUUAGAACAAAAGUACUGAUAACUAUAAAUCAAUCAUUUACAGAAUGGCCGUGCCACAAGCACCGGGUAUUGAUCCGUGGGUGAUCCAACCACGUGAAAGAUUAGUAUUUAAAGAUCAAUUUGAAGCUCUUAAACCAAAUAAUGGAGUUGUUACUGGAGAACAAGCAAAAGGAUUUUUGCUAAGGUCACAAUUACCACCUUCCAUACUUGGAAAAAUAUGGGCACUGUCCGAUACCGACGGAGAUGGAAAAAUGGACAUCAACGAGUUCAGCAUUGCUUGUAAAUUGAUACACUUGAAGUUGCGAGGGAUGGAAGUUCCUCCAAGCUUGCCUCCAUCGCUUAUUCAAAGCUUGAAAGUUCCACUUCCAGGUACAGUUCCGGCUGUUAUAAAUGGUGGUGUACCAGUCCAGCCUCAAGUACAGACAGGCUCGCUAGUAAAUCUUGGAGGUGUACCUCAGCCUCUAGCAGCAGUACCACGUCCUGUGGUACCAGGUAUAUCUCCAGUAGCAACAGCAACAGUACCCCUUGCAAAUCCAGCCGUGAGACCUGUUGUUCCAGUUCAAAUACCUGCUGCCUCACGUCAAUUUAGGGAUAAUUUGGGUACUAGUGGUGUGGUGCUGGGUACAAUUAAUAAGACAUCGUCAAAACCACCUGCUCGGCCUGCACCACCCUUCAUGGGAAAUGCAAAUACUAUAACAACUACCAACGUUGGAGCACCGCCUCAAAGACCUGCACCUCCUGGUAGUAUUGGUAGUGGAUUCACAGCUACAACUGGUAUUGCUACGCCGCCAAAACCAGCACCGCCUUCAUUUCCAAACAGCCCGGUAGCUGUAUCAAUAACUGCCAGUUCAAUGCAACCACUUUCAGUAGCUUCCUCAAUGGGUAUGGUUCAAGCAGCACCGAUAGUACCACUUAACACCAAUCCCGCUCCAAUGGCAGCUUUUGGAAUGGGACAAACUGUCGCGCCACUGAUUCAACCGAUACCAGGAGCUGGAAUUGUUUCAUCGAUGCCAGGAGUUAUGCCUACAGCUGGUGUUGUUCCUUCAAUGCCAGGAGUCGUUCCUACUGCUGGUGGUGUUCCUUCAAUGCCGGGAGUCGUUCCUACCACUGGAAUUGUUCCAUCUAUACCUGGAGCUAUACCUUCUGUACCAGGAACUAUUCCAUCUGUUCCAGGAGCUAUUCCAUCUGUUACAAGUUCUACAAUUCCACAAGCUCCAUACUAUAAUACAGUGGGAGUUAUGCCAACGGUACCAACAGCUGGAAUGAUUCCAUCUGUUCCUGGUACUGUUCCAUCAAUACCUGGAGUUGUUCCUCAGGUUCCUGGAACUGGGAUUUCCCCAGUACAACCAAUAAUUCAAGCAAACGUUGGGAUGAAUGGUAAUGCUAGUAUGAUUCAGACUCCAGUGUCUACAAAUACACCAUUGAGCACCACAGCACGGCCACCGAGUAUUGAUCGAGUUGGAUCUAUGGAUUCUCAGCAUAGUCAGUCCAGCCAACAUAGCCAACAUAGUCAACAUAGUCAGAAUUCCAUUGGUUCACCACCUGUAGAUUGGGCUGUUCCACAACAAUCGCGACUUAAAUACACCCAAUUGUUCAAUACUUGGGACAGAACGAGAACUGGUUACUUGUCAGGACCACAAGCGAGAAAUAUCAUGGUUCAGUCGCAGUUGCAUCAGAAAAUUCUCGCUCAAAUUUGGACUCUAGCUGACAUGGAUUCAGACGGUCGAUUGGGAUGCGAAGAAUUUGUUCUAGCAAUGCAUCUCUGUGACAUGGCUAAAGCCGGAGAAACUAUUCCGACUAGUCUAUCGCCGGAUUUAGUACCUCCGACUUUCCGUCGUCAGCGUCAAAGCAGUGUUUCAUCUCAGGGUCUUCCGGAAACUGUCGAUCCGUCGGCAGGCAUGCCGCAGUCUUCCUUCGAGGACAAGAGGAAAGAAAACUUUGAAAAAGGUCAAGCUGAAUUGGAGCGUCGUCGGAAAACUUUACAAGAUACACAGCGCAAAGAGCAAGAGGAACGCGAGCGCAAAGAACGUGAGGAAGCUGAUAAACAAGAAAAGAUUAGACUUGAGCAGGAGAGACGUCGGCAAGCUGAAAUUGAAAAACAGAUGAUGCGACAGCGUGAAAUUGAACAGGAGAAAGAGGAGCAGCGAUUGAGAGCGCAAGAGCAACGCGAGGCUGCGAGAAAAGAGAUGGAGAGACAAAGACAACUUGAGUGGGAAACUCAAAAGUCUCAAGAGCUUCAAGCACAACGGCAAAAAGAACAAGACAUUGUACUUAAAUUAAAAGCUAAAAAUCAGACGCUGACUAUUGAGCUUACGUCACUUAAUGAACGCGUUAAGGAACUUUCGCAAAAAAUUUGUGACACUCGUAAUGGAGUAUCGGGUGUUAAAACAACUAUCGAUGGUAUGCGCUCGACUCGCGAUAGUCAGCUUCAGGAGAUGAAUGAUUUGAAGAAGAAAUUACGAGAACAGAAUCAGCGAUUGCUUGCAUUGAGUCAAGAGAAGGCUAAAAUAGAAGCUAAAAAUAAAAUGAAUGCUUCGCAAGAUUCUGCUGGACAAGAAGCUAUGAAAAUGCAGUUUGCUAAUAAACAAAUAACAUUGAAGCAGCUGAAAGAUAAAAUAGCUGACCUGCAACAGCAAAUAAAUGACAAGAUGGCUGAUAUUGAAAAUAAUAAUGGACAAUUACAGGAUGUAAGAGAUCGUAUGAAGACUCUUAUUAAUGAAUGUAAAACUCUUUACUCGUCAUUUGACAAUAAACGUUCUCAAAUAUUGGAAUUACGUGAAAAAGUUGAGAGCUCUGGAGGUAUUGAUUACACAAGUAGUGCUUGGGCAGAGAGCGCUUGGGGUUCAACUGAUCAAAAUGAGCCUGUCAAUGAGGAUGAAUGGCCGGUUGACAAUGCACCCGUUACUACUUCUGCUGUUGAUGAUGAAUCUGGAGUUAGAAAAUACCGUGCUCUGUAUGAAUUCGUAGCGAGAAAUGAGGAAGAGAUAUCGUUCCAACCCGGUGAUAUUAUAUUAGUUCCGCCAGUUCAGAAUCAAGAGCCCGGGUGGAUGGCCGGUGAGAUCCGUGGACAUACUGGCUGGUUCCCUGAGUCGUAUGUCGAGCCGGUGGACUCUGAGUAUGAUGACAACAAAACAUUUGUCCAGCAAGACAGCGUAGAAAAGAGGCCAUUGGAAGAAAUCGCUGAGGUCCCUGAGAAUGUUUCUGACGCCGGGUCUUUGGGAGAGACCACUACUGUAAGAGUUGAGGCCGCUCCUGCUGCUACUACUUUAACAAACACCAGUACUGGUGAUAAUUAUUAUGUGGCUCUCUAUCCUUACUCUUCGGCGGAACCAGAUGAUUUGAACUUUACUGACGGUGAAAUUAUUGAGGUGACUAAGAGCGAAGGUGACUGGUGGACUGGAACUAUUGGCAACAGAAGUGGAUUCUUCCCGUCUAAUUAUGUUGAAAAAUGCCAACCAAAUAUUAAUCAGGUUCCUGUAGAAACUGUUGCUUCAACUGUGGCAGAUGUUGUUGCUCCUACAUCUCAAGGAACGCCUUCGGCGGAAAAAACCGCAGAACAGAUUGAAGAUGAACGACAAGCUGCUGAAGAUCGGGCUGAAUUACCUGAUUUCUCAGCAAUGGCAUCUCAGCAGUACUACAAGACCCGAGGAAAGAAACCGGAGAUUGUCCAGGUAAUUGCACCCUACCAAGCAACAAGUACCGAACAACUCGAUUUGCAAAGAGGACAACUAAUUAUGAUCAGGAAGAAGACUGAUUCUGGAUGGUGGGAAGGCGAGCUACAGGCUCGAGGUAAAAAACGUCAAAUUGGAUGGUUCCCUGCGUCUUACGUUAAGCCACUAACAAGUAGUAGUAAUAGAAGUACUCCAGUAUCUCAUGGUUAUCAAGAUUCUCCAACGGAUCCUAAUGUCGAACGUGUAAUGGCAUUGUAUCCACAUCAAGCUCAAAAUGAUGACGAACUGAGCUUCGAGAAAGGUGACGUAAUAAUUGUUUUGUCAAAGCAAGAAGAGUCUUGGUGGAAAGGUGAUCUUAACGGAGUAUGCGGAAUAUUUCCUAGCAACUACGUGACACCCAUGUAUGAUGACAAUAACUCUAGAUUGGACAAUUAUUCUAUCUCAAUGCUGGAUCCGAUGGAGAGAAAGCGACAAGAGUAUAUUAAGGAACUUAUUGCGACUGAAGAGGCUUAUAUCAAUGACAUGAUUCUUGUUCAUGAAGUAUUUGAAAAGCCUUUGAUUCAAAGUUGCGUUCUCACUGUCGACGAAGUAGAAAGAAUUUUUGUUAAUUGGCGCGAUAUUAUUGCUUGUAAUGACAAUUUCUUGAGAACGUUGAGGAUAAGAAGAGACAACAGUGAAGACGGUGUUGUAAGACUGAUCGGGGAUAUUUUGUGUGAAAAUAUCCCACGUAUGUCAGCAUACGUAAGAUUUUGUAGCUGUCAAAUUUCAGCGGCUGUGUACCUCCAAAGCUUAACAGAAACGUCACCCGAAUUUGUAGCAGUUGCACAGGCAUGCCAGCAAGAUCCUCGUACCAAAGGAAUGCCUCUAAGUUCAUUUCUGAUAAAACCAAUGCAACGAAUUACCAAAUACCCCCUUAUUAUUAAUAAAAUAUUAGAGUAUACGCCGAAUGAACAUCCAGACAGACAGUAUUUACAAGAAGCGUUAGCAAAAGCCGAGGAAUUUUGUAUACAAGUGAACGAAGGUGUCAGAGAAAAAGAGAACAGUGAUAGACUGGAAUGGUUACAGACUCAUAUAGCGUAUAAUGAAGAUGUUUUGCAGGAAAAACUUGUAUUUAAUUCUCUAACAAACUCAGCUGGUCCAAGAAAGUUAUUACACUAUGGAAUUCUUCACAAGGCUAAAAGUGGCAAAGAACUCGUUGCAUUUCUCACCAACGAUUUUUUACUUUUUGCUCAACCACUGAAGACAUUACCUUCAGGACAACAAUUUUCGUUUGAAAGAAAUGAAAACAACAAAUUUAAACUAUACAGAAAACCGAUAUUUUUAAACGAAUUAUCUAUGAUUGGUGACUCCGAACCGAACGGCAAUAUAAUUCCUACGUCAGACGCAUCUAGGACACUUGGUUUACGAGAUUCGAGCAAACGACCUAUUAUUUUACUGGCCCCAUCUGCGAGUGAGUGUACAUUGUGGGCUAGAAAAAUUCGCGAGGCAAGAAAACAGUUUGCUAAAAACGAAAAAAAUUUAUUGCAACGUCAACGCUCCCGACAAGCGCAAUUUAGCUCUUGUGGUCGUAUCCUCGUAACAGUCCUCCAAGGAAGCAGCUUGAAGGCGUCAGCUGUUCGCAGGAAACCUCUAGAAGGACGCCUAUCUCUAGUAGUUGUAGAAGCUGAAGAUUUAAUCUUAACUAAGAAAGGCAAAUGCAAUGCGUUCUGUAAUGUCUCAAUGGGAUCUCAAGAAGAAAGAACUCCAGUUGUACCUGGUACUAAUUGUCCGAUGUGGGAUACCUCGAUGCAAUUUUUAGUUAAAGAUCUCCAUGAAGAUACACUCUGCAUUACUGUCUUCGACAAAGGCUAUUAUACUCCAGACGAUUUUCUCGGGCGAGCGGAAAUAAGAGUCUCAGACAUAAUGAAGGACUGCAAAGAUUCAUGUGGACCCAUUCAAAAGAGAAUUAAAUUACACGAAGUUAACACGGGUGAAGUAGUAUUAAAACUUGAUCUCCGAUUAUUUGGUAGUUGAUUAAAUCUAUUCAAUUUAUUCUAUUUAAUUAUGAUUAAAAGAAUGAAUUAUACUCAAAUUAUAUAAAAAAUACUCUAGGGAAAAUGCAUUUAUAAAUUAGCAAAAGGAUUUCAAAUUAUAAUUUUUGUUAAACUUUUUUUUCACUACAAUUAUCAUUUAUUUAUUUAUUUUAAAUCUACAAGUUGACAUAGUUUAGUAUUAACUUUUUUCCAACUAUGCGACAUGAAAAUUACAAUUAUAUUAAUAUCUAGUCGCUCUUACGUAUGUAUGAUUUCUAUUUUUUUUAUUUUUAUUUAUAUUCAUCAUGCAUAUAUAAAGCAAAAAGAUAUAUACAGUUAGGUCUAAUAGAAAUUUAUUCCAUUAUUGUUAUAAUUAAAUUAUAAAUUCGUACGUAAGCAAAUACUACCAAUGAAAUUUGUUUGUUUUUUUUUUUAUAAAGAAUUUAAAUUGAUACUAAUGCGUACGUACAAAAAUAAACAUUCCACUAAAUAAAUAUAAUUAUAUCAAUAUCAUCAUAUACAAAAUAAUUAUUUAUAUAUUAUAUAUAUACCAAUGUGUUAAUAAUUGUGCAGAGAUCACAAAAUUAUUUAUCUAAACUGUUUUUUAAAUUUCAGUUUUCACAUCAUUAUUAUAAAAUAUCAGUCGAUAAAUGAAAAAUAUUUUAUAAAUAUUAAAAUUAUUAUAUUUCUUCUUUUAAAAUAAGUAUCUAAUUCAAGUAAGUCUUUGCUAAUUUAAUCGGUUCCAUAAUUAUUGAUCUUCCGAUAAAAUAUCCCCAAAAUAAAUAUCCCC